AUACGUCACAGAUGUGUCAUAAAUCGUACCGGAUACGAGCGCUCUCUCUUUCCGGCUGGUACGCCAUCAUUCAACAUGGGGGCAUACAGGUAUAUGCAGGAGUUAUGGCGCAAGAAGCAGUCCGAUGUGAUGCGUUUCUUGCUGCGUGUCCGCUGUUGGCAGUAUCGUCAGCUGUCCAGUCUCCACCGUGCCCCCAGACCAACAAGGCCUGACAAAGCACGUAGGUUGGGCUACAAGGCAAAGCAGGGUUAUGUGAUCUACCGUGUUCGUGUACGCCGUGGUGGACGCAAACGCCCGGUGCCCAAGGGUGCCACCUAUGGCAAGCCAGUCCACCAUGGUGUGAACCAGAUUAAGUUUGCCCGCAGUCUGCAGUCUACCGCUGAGGAGCGUGCCGGUCGUCACUGUGGUGCCCUGCGUGUGCUUAAUUCCUACUGGGUGGGUGAGGAUUCGACCUACAAGUUCUUCGAGGUGAUUCUGGUCGAUCCCUUCCACAAAGCCGUCAGACGCAACCCAGACACCCAAUGGAUUACAAAGGCUGUGCACAAGCACAGAGAGAUGCGCGGCUUGACUUCGGCUGGAAAGAAGAGUCGCGGUCUGGGCAAGGGCCACAAGUUCCACCUCACCAUUGGAGGUUCCCGCCGUGCUGCCUGGAAGAGGCGCAACACCCUGCAGCUGCACCGCUAUCGCUAGAGCACCCGAUUUGUCUGAACAUUCAAAUAAAAGCCUUUUUAUGGUGA